AUGUCCGAAAUACUGAUGAGGGAAAUGGAGAGUUUAUCGAUCAGUCCAAUGAAGCCAGAGGAGCGUCCAGACGAUGUCCGGAGCUUCCUGCUGGUGGAUGAACAAGAAAACCUGCAGGUCCGUGACGAGUCUGAGUUUGUGGACAGACUAGGGUGUGGGGACGUUGCAGGUGUCAAGGUCCUCUCCAUCUUUGGCAACACUGGCGACGGCAAGUCCCACACCCUCAACCACAUCCUAUUCGGUGGUGAGAGUGUGUUCUACACUUCAAAGUCCCCCAGCUCCUGUACGGUGGGAGUGUGGGCCGCCUAUAACCCCACCCUCAGCCUGGUCGCACUGGAUACUGAGGGCCUCUUGGGAGCUGCAGCCAACCAGAACCAGAGAAUGCGACUGCUACUGAAGGUAUUGGCAGUGUCUGAUAUUGUAGUUUAUCGUACACGAGCUGAACGCCUCCACAAUGACAUGUUCCACUUCCUGAGCAGUGCCUCUGGGGCCUACCUCAAGCACUUCACCCCAGAGCUCAGGGCCCUUUCCAGCCGCUGUGGUCUGGACGUUCCCCUCUCUUCUCUUGGGCCUGCCGUCAUCGUCUUCCAAGAGACAACUCAUACUCAACUGCUGGGUCAGGACUCCAAGAUGGCCGGCCAUGCUGACACGCUGCUCCAGAAGCGUUUUCACGACCUGAGCUUGGGGACAGAGGCCUUCAGCUCGGUGCAGUACGUAGGGACUCAGACCAUCAGGCCUCCCACAAACUACAACAGCCUGCUGGAGGCCGUCAGGCAGCAAGUGAAGAACACUCACACACGCUCCCCCCGCCAGCCUGGGAUAGUGUUUCAUGCGCUGGAAGCCCUGAGUGAACGUUUCUGUGGGGAACUGUCUGACGACAAGGUGACCCUGUACUCCUUCUUCCCAGAUGAGUACUUCACCUGCUCUGCGGUCUGCCUCAGCUGCAACAUUCGCUGUAAAAAUGGAAUGAACCAUCUGAGAGACAGGGUCUCUCACAUGGCUGAUGGGCUCUGCCAGUAUGCACACCAGUACAACAACAAGGUCCUCAUCUGUAAACGGUGCUAUGAAAUAGGCAAAGAGGUGAUUGUUGUGCCCAAGACGUCAGCCUCCACUGACAACCCAUGGUUUGGGCUGGCCAAGUAUGCCUGGUCAGGUUAUGUGUUGGAGUGUGGUAGCUGUGGUGUAAUCUACCGCAGCAGACAGUACUGGAUGGGAAACCAGGACCCUGAGAGCAGUGUGGUGCGAUCUGAGGUCAAGCAUGUCUGGGAGGGGUCGGACACCUUCCUGACCAACCACCAGAAUGCGGCCCAGAGGGUCCUGGAUGGGAUGAACUAUGUGAUUCAGUCUGUGUCGGAGUACAGCACUGGCCCCACCAAAACUGUUGCGGCCUGGCUCACUGACCAGGUGGCACCUCCCUACUGGAAACCCAACACAGAGAUCACUGCCUGUCAUGGCUGUCAGAAGGUUUUCGAGGAGGCAGAGAGGAAGCACCACUGCCGAUCUUGUGGCGAGGGUUUCUGCCAUCCCUGCUCCAGCCAUAGGAUGCCAGUGCCAGAGCGGGGUUGGGGUAAUGGCCCUGUCAGGGUGUGUAAGGCCUGCUACCGCCAGGGAGGGCCACCCGACACUAACAGUCAGGUGUGCAAGGUGGAGCCUCGUGGUCUAAUAGCUCGCAGGGUGACGGAGGUGGCUCAGUCUACACUGGACAUGGUCACCACAGCUGUGGACUACCCUCUCUGUUUUGUGAAGGAUGUGGCUCGACCAGACUACUGGGUGCCAGACCAGGACAUCACCCAGUGUCACCAGUGCUCUAAAACUUUCACCCCAGUCAUGUCCAAGCACCACUGCAGGGCCUGCGGACAGGGCGUGUGCGGACCCUGCUCCACACACAUCAGACCUGUGCCUUCCCGAGGCUGGGACCACCCAGUCAGAGUGUGUGACAGCUGCCACGCACAUAAAGACAGUCUGUGAGUUUUACAACCAGGAGAACUUCUCAAAAAGUGCGGUCAGUCUUCCUCUGCUGAUCCACGAAAACACUGUGAAUCCUGGCACUGCUGCUCCAAGAAAACAAGGGUGAUCAACUUAACAGCACCAAAUGGCAGAACUAGAAUCAGCCUUGUUUUUGUGUGAAAAGACAAGCUGCUCAGAUGCUCACAACGAUCAGCACCUGGAAUCCGGACUUUUAUCAGCGCUGACCUAGGAUCUGCUUUCCAUCUCAUCUGCCUACUUUGACUGAUUGAUUCUGCACCACUUAUGAAACAUCAAUCAUCAUCACUACAGCCCCAGUCAAACUGCUCUAAGAAUGACUGGACAAAUGGAAAUCUAGACAUAUGUUUUUAACCGACUGGUGGUAAUUAUCAAUUAUUAUAACAGCAGAGCUUGAACUCUUCACUCAAGUGUAGUCUUCCUUGCUCAUUUAUUUGUGUGUGCACCGCUCUGCAGCAGGCUGCCUAUUCUCGACCUGAAGAAGGUGUUAGCUAAAAAUGAAAGAAGAACAAGUCAGAGAUUUUAGAGUUGAAAAGAUUUUUUAAACCUCUCUGUUUCAAAGAGUACAAAGCCAUCACAACCACUCGCAUUGUUUCUAAUUUGACUCUUGAGAUUGUGUGUGUGAAGUGAUUUUAUCCUCCGCAGGACAACACGCUGACUCGCAGAGCCUGGCAAGGAGGAGUAUGAAAAUUAUGGACAGAUGGUAGAAACAGAGCCAGAGCAGUUCAGACUUUUGUUAAAGCUGUAGCUUUGCAUGUGUCUGCAUUACUCAGGGCAGAAAAGUGAAGCAAGGUGUAAAAACAAGAGCUACAGCAUUAUGUGCCUUCAUGGGAAUCUUGAUUCCCAUUUCUGUAGCCCCUAAAGUUGUUUUUGUGCAAGAACUGAUGCGAAUAUUUGUGCCUAAUUACAGAGCUAUGUCAUUCACAGCCUUGCUUUUCUAACUCUUACAGUUGUUUCUACAGUAUGGUGAAAUUGAUAGGAAGAAAAAAUCUGUAGCAUAACACAUUAUAGACAUUCCAGCAUAUGGAAAUACCUGUGUAUUGACGUAGACUUACAUUUCUUAGGUUAUUAUAGUAAGUAGGCACUGUCUUGAGCCACUGAUGCUUCAGAAAGAUUUCUUAAUAUUAUGAAAACACCUGCACUAGACUGGACUGUUGAGAUGUUUUGAUUUUUUUUAAAGGCACUCAUAUUAAAUCAAUGGCAAUGUAAAGUACAAAUCAUAUACACAUUGAUGGAAAAUUACACUUUCUUUCAAAGAGAGGUUCUCUGUCUAACGUACUGGAUGCAUUAUGCUUUUUUCUCUCUGUCUAGAAAAAAACAAUUCAAAUUUAAAGAUGUUUUCCAGUGAAAUCCAGCAAUGGACAAUCUUUUUUUUUUUUUCCUUAAUAUACCAGUCUCAUCCAAAUAAAGAAAACUAAGGGACAUUUGGUGUCUGUAAAUGUCUUUAGUCACUGCCUUUUUUUCUCACUAAUACCCAUUCAUCCUUUAUUUUCAUUAAUGAAUAUUAAACAUUGCUGCAAAAGUAACUCUAUGAU